AUGUGCGUGAUUCUCCACGCUACCGGCGAGGCCUCGCGCACAAUCCAAGCCGGUCAGGCCGUCACAUGGAUCUCCGUGGGGUCCCACAAUGUGGUGAGCGGCGCGAACCGCAUCGCCGAUGGGCGCUUCCGGUCGGAGUGGCUCUCCAACGGCGACACCUUCUCCCACACCUUUGACGAGCCCGGAGAGUAUGACUACUUUUGCGAGCCUCACGCCAACAUGAAUGCGAGGAUCACGGUGCUCGGUGACUCGCCGGCUGCAUUGUGUAAGCCAGUUUGCGCCACUAACUCGAGGACCUGGAAAAACAAGUGCGCCUGGCUCAACGGAGCAUGCAUAGGCUGCUCCGAAUGCCUCACGUCGGCGGCGACGCUAUCAUCCUCGCCGUCGCCGCCGUCGCCACCACCCGCCCCGCUGCUCGACUUGGACGCAGUCGAGGACGCCGUGGUGGCAUCGCUGUCUCGCAGCCUUGAGGAGGGAGGAGUGAGCAUCACUCUCCAGCAGACGACGAUGGAGGACCUCGGCGGCCGCUCAGCGCGGGCGACCAUCGUGCAGGACGGAGCCGUCGCGCCGACCGCGGAGCAAAUAUGCGGCGCGGCCCUCAAGCCGCUCUUCCUCGAGGUUCUGGCGGACGAGCUCGGCAUGGCGGUCAAUUUUGCUGCGAAGCCUGCGGUGACCAUUGUCAUCGAGGAGGAGGCGCCGAGGGUAGCCGCGGAGAUCCCGCCAUUUUGA